CCAGUAUUCGCUGAAUACCAGGAAAUAUCGAUCCAGUGAUGGAGUGUGUGGUGCGGCAGGAAUACCACACAGAAAAUUAUUGUAAUAGUGAAUGUAAAUCGUAAAGCAGGAGUAAAAAGGAAGGACGGCUGCAAGAGGUGUUGUGGAGGAAGAAUUGACUGGACUUAGGGUGAUUAUAUAUAAUAUAUGUAAGCUGGUUUUGAGCCUGAAUGCAUGGAAGGUAGUGGUGAUGCCAAUAGAAACUGAAAAAUACAGAGUGAGUGCAGCUUUGAGGGGACUCUGAUUUCAGUUUGGGAUGUGUUGCAAUUACAGUGCAGGAAAGGCCCAAGGUGUGAGUUUGGAAUGUGAAAGGCAAGUCAGAGCCAGACAGAGAUUUAAGUGUUCUUAGAAUAGAGACAUACUGAAUUUUGAUUAAUUGAGAUCACAAAAGGAAAAGGUGAGAAGAGAAACAGAAGUUGAAGUAUUUCCACUGUUUGUUAUCUAUUGUUACAUAAAAAAAUAAAGCCCCAAACUUAGUGGCUUAAAACAACCUCAGCUUAUUCUUAGGAUUCUAUGGAUUGACUGGGCAGUAUUACUGGAGUUACUCAUGUGGCUGCUGGUCAGUCAGCUGGGGACUAGGCCCAGCUGGGCUCCAGCUCGGGCUCUGUGGUUCUCUUCCACGUGACCUCUGCAUGGCUAGCUUGGGCUUUCUCACAGCAUGGAAGUCUCAUGGCUGUGUGUCUGGCACUACAAGAGCACUUCCUCUUACAUCGUCAUCUCUGCCAUAUUCUAUUAGUUAAAACAAGUCACAGGUCAGCACAGACUCAAGGGAAGGAAAAGUAGACUCCACCUCAUGAUGAGAAAAGUGACAAAAUCUCAUCAUAACAGGUUUUAGAGGAUGGAAGCUUUGGAAACAGUCUACCUCACCUACAUUUAAGGUGUAGUAUUCUGUGAGAAAUAUGCAGAGACAAAUGAACUUUAAGAGUAUAUUAAUCUGUCCAUAAAGGCAGCCGUCUGGCUCCUCCAUGUAUCAAAUUAUCCCUUAUAAGCUGCUCAAGCAUUCUUAUUGUUAGCCCUUCUUCCCUGGUAUCCCUUACCUUACAUCCCUCACCUCUGGGCUCAACUCCCUUAGGAUUCAAGGUAGACUUAUGAUUAAUUUCACUGAUAAUAUUGGCAAGCAGGCCCAGUUUUUGAGCAUCACUUAGAGUGGGGACAAAAAUAUAAGUAUGUUACAUAGAGUUUUGAAGCUCUUAUAAUUUUUAUGUUACUGAUCAAUUCUUAUGCUUCAGACGUACAUUUGGAAAAACAUUUCUGGAGCUUAGACCUCAACUAAGUGAACCUUUUUCUAGCCUUUAAGGUCAACAUGGAUGAAGCUUUGCCAGGCCCCGCUCCUGAGAAUGGAGACAGCCUUGUGAAAGUGAAGGAGGAAGUUCCCACAUGGGAGCAGAUGUGCAGCUCACAGGAGAGCAGCUCCCACACUCUGGAGCUUUGCCGCCUGCGCUUCCGGCAGUUCUGCUACCAGGAGGUAACCGGGCCCCGGGAGGCUCUGGCCCAGCUCCAAGAACUUUGCCAUCAAUGGCUGCGGCCGGAGACCCACACCAAGGAGCAGAUCCUGGAGCUGCUGGUGCUGGAGCAGUUCCUGACCAUCCUGCCCCAGGAGCUCCAGGCCUGGGUGCAGGCGUAUCCUCUGGAGAGUGGGGAGGAUGCAGUGACAGUGCUGGAGAAACUAGAGAAAGACACAGGAGACUCAGGACAGCAGGUUUUUGUCUACACUCAGGGACAGGACACGCACCUACCGGUGACAGAAUAUCAAGGAACAUCUUUGGAGUGUCAGAGGCCCCAGCUACUGCCUGGGGUAACCACCUUGAAGUGUGAACCCCCAGAGCUCCACCAAGAGGUCGCCCAAGAAGUGAGUGGGCUUGCUCCCCAGGGACCAGUCCCUCCCCAGGAAGAGAAUCCCAGAGACCAGGCAGCAGUACCGGGUUUUAACUCAGCCAGGUCCCAGACAUCAGUGGAGAGUGAGGAAGCAGCAGCCCAGGCCCUUGUCCCAGAGGAGUGGCCACAUCUGAGUCUGGCCCAGAGAAACCUCUAUGGAAACUCGGCCCAGGAGAAGGUUACAAACAUCAGUCUGAUGGCUGAAGAAGUUGUAACUAAAGAUGGAUUGUUUAACACAAAGCAAGAAACUUCUGAAGAAAUGGAACAAGGUGCUGAGGUCUCAGGAAUACCCAACAGAGAUUGUGUACCCCAGGCCCCUUGUAGUACCCCUGUUCCUGCUGAAAGGACAGUUGCACAUUUGAACACUCUGAAGGACCGUCACCCUGCUGACUUGUGGGCUCGGAUGCACAUCUCAUCCCUGGAAUAUGCUGCAGGAGACAUUACCCGCAAAGGGAGAAAAAAAGACAAAGCUCGAGUGAGUGAACUGCUCCAAGGCCUCGCGUUUUCUGGUGAUUCAGAUGUGGAAGAGGAUGACGAGCCUGAGACUCAGCCUGCUCCAAAAAGACCAAAGGUGUCAAGCAUCCCAGAGAAGAACUGGACCAAAAGAGACAUUAAACCCAACUUUCCAAGCUGGUCAGCACUGGAUUCUGGACUUUUGAAUCUCAAGAGUGAAAAGUUGAACCCAGUGGAGCUCUUUGAGUUAUUUUUUGAUGAUGAAACAUUCAACUUGAUUGUCAGUGAAACCAAUAAUUAUGCUUCUCAGAAAAAUGUCAACUUGGAAGUCACAGUUCAGGAAAUGAGGUGUGUGCUUGGUGUCCUGCUUUUGAGUGGCCUUGUGAGGCGUCCCAGAAGGGGAAUGUAUUGGGAAAUGUCUGAUGCCAAUCAGAACCUGGUUAGAGAUUCAAUCAGAAGGGACAGAUUUGAAUUGAUUUUCUCAUACCUGCAUUUUGCAGAUAAUAGCCACCUAGAUCAAAAUGAUAAGUUUACAAAAUUGAGGCCUCUCAUAAAGCAAAUGAAUAAAAAUUUUCUCCUGUAUGCUCCCCUUGAAGAAUACUAUUGUUUUGAUAAGACAAUGUGUGAGUGCUUUGAUAGUGACCAAUUCCUGAAUGGGAAACCUAUCAGAAUUGGCUAUAAAGUCUGGUGUGGUACAACCACACAGGGUUAUCUGGUUUGGUUUGAGCCCUAUCAAGAAGAGUCAACUAUGAUGGCAGGUAAGGAUCUUGAUCUUGGUUUAGGUGGAAAUCUAGUGAUGAAUUUUGCUGAUGUUCUUUUAGAGAGAGGUCAAUAUCCCUAUCACCUGUGUUUUGAUAGCUUCUUUACAAGUGUCAAAUUGAUGUCAGCCUUGAAGAAGAAAGGGGUGAGGGCAACAGGAACAAUUCGUGAGAACAGGACUGAAAAAUGUCCCCUGAUGAGUGCAGAACAUAUGAAAAAAAUGAAGAAGGGGUAUUUCGAUUUCCGAGUAGAAGAAAAUGAUGAGAUAAUUUUGUGUCAUUGGCAUGGUGAUGGUAUUAUCAGUCUGUGCUCCAACGCUGUUGGCAUAGAGCCAGUCAAUGAGAUAUGUUGUUUUGCCGAUGACAAGGAGAUCCCUCAGAUAAGUCAACCUUCCAUAGUGAAACUGUAUGAUGAAUGCAGGGAAGGUGUAGCUAAAAUGGAACAGAUCAUUUCCAAAUAUAGAGUGAGAAUAAGAGGCAAGAAAUGGUACUCAGUUUUGGUGAGCUACAUGAUUGAUGUAGCCAUGAGCAAUGCAUGGCACCUGCACAGAGCCUGUAACCCAGGUGCCUCUCUAGAACUCGGGGAUUUUCGGAGAGAUGUUGCCCAUUUCUACUUGGCGCAUAAUGCAAAUAUGUCAGAUUAAGGCAGGUAAAACAAAUACAAUGCAGACAUUAGUAAGACACAGAAAAAUCACAACUACACAUCAGAUUGUACCCAAAGCAAACCUGAUGUAUGUAUACAAUGAAAUUAUUAAUUAAAUGACUAAUAUUUCUUUUUAAAAAUCUAUGUAGAGUUUCAAAAACUUGUAACAAUGUUAAAAAUGAUCUGUAAAAAUGUUGAAAUCUAUUGGUAUCUUUUUCUAGGUCUAAUUUUGAUAUCAAACGUGGGAAAUACUUUAUUAGUUGAA